AUGAAGAGAAAUCUGACCAUGAACAAAUUUCUGCCUUCAGCGCUUCUUAGUCUGGCGUUGGUGGUCUCUUGGCUAGCAGGAAGAGGGGAGCCUGGCUCAGUGGAAGAUGAAGCAAGGGACAACAUUACUAUCUUUACAAGAAUUCUUGACAGACUCUUGGACGGCUAUGACAAUCGGUUGAGACCAGGAUUAGGAGACUCCUGUGGAAUGAUUCAGGAAAUAGAAAGAAUAACAGAAGUCAAGACAGACAUCUACGUGACAAGUUUUGGACCUGUAUCAGACACAGACAUGGAGUACACAAUCGAUGUGUUCUUUCGACAAAGUUGGAAAGAUGAAAGACUAAAAUUUAAGGGUCCAAUGAACAUUCUUCGAUUGAACAACCUGAUGGCCAGUAAGAUAUGGACACCAGACACAUUCUUUUAUAAUGGCAAGAAGUCAGUGGCACAUAACAUGACCAUGCCAAACAAACUGCUACGAAUCCAAGAUGAUGGGAAGCUUCUAUACACAAUGAGGCUUACUGUCCAAGCAGAAUGUCCAAUGCACUUGGAGGAUUUUCCAAUGGAUGCACAUGCUUGUCCCUUGAAAUUUGGGAGCUAUGCGUAUACAAGCACGGAGGUGAAUUACAACUGGACCAAUGAACCAGCAAAAUCUGUGGUCGUUGCAGAAGAUGGCUCUCGUCUGAAUCAGUAUGAUUUACUCGGACAAACUGUGGGUGAAGAGCUCGUCCAGUCUAGUACAGGUGAAUACAAAGUUAUGACAACGUAUUUUCACCUGAAGAGAAAAAUUGGCUAUUUUGUGAUCCAGACCUACCUGCCGUGUAUCAUGACUGUCAUUCUUUCACAAGUGUCAUUUUGGUUGAAUAGAGAAUCAGUGCCUGCAAGGACUGUCUUUGGAGUUACAACAGUGCUUACAAUGACAACUCUGAGCAUCAGUGCUCGAAACUCGCUCCCUAAAGUUGCAUAUGCAACUGCCAUGGAUUGGUUUAUUGCUGUCUGCUACGCCUUUGUGUUCUCUGCAUUAAUAGAAUUUGCCACAGUGAAUUAUUUUACAAAACGAGGCUGGGCUUGGGAUGGCAAAAGUGUUGUGAAUGAUAAGAAGAAAGACAAGGCUUCUGUCAUGAAGAAAAAUAAUGCUUAUGCAGUGGCAGUUGCCAAUUACGCACCAAACAUCACCAAGGACUCAGCACUACCAACAAUUGCAAAGAGUGCAACUGCAGAGCCAAAAGAAGCCAAACCAGAGACCAAGCCCCAAGAGGCCAAGAAAACAUUUAACAGCGUAAGCAAAAUCGACAGAAUGUCCAGGAUAAUGUUCCCUGUUUUAUUUGGAACUUUCAAUUUAGUGUACUGGGCCACAUAUUUAAACAGAGAAACUGUUGUUAAAGAGAUGAGUGAUGGUGCAGCAAAGUAA